AUUAAAGCAAAAAAGAUUUCAUCUAUAAGAAUUGCCAGUGGAUUUUAUUCUUAAAAAGAACCACAUCAGCAAUGCAUACAUCCAACAGCACUGUGAACCGUAAAAAAGAGCAAUUUCCAGACAAUGUAUUAAUUUAUUACAGGUACUUUUGUUGGUUCAAAUUUCUAGCAAUCAUAAUUGUCAACACUUUUGUAUUUGUUGUCAUAAUAUCCAAACGGAAGUUACGCAGUCAAAGAAAUAAUAAAUUGUUCAUGGCGUUAUUGUUUUCUCACUUUUCAAAUGGUGUAUGGAAUAUCAUUGAAGCUGUUUUAGUAAAUAUAACCAAACAAGGUGGCAUCCAUACCUUUGCAGCAACAGGAACCAUCAGAUAUUGGUUUAGUAGUCUGUUUUUACUUGUUUGGGCAGCAGUAUUCGUUAACAUGAUUUUGGUUGUUUUUGAUCGCUUUCUUGCAAUACGUUACCCUUACCUCUAUCAGCGACUUAAAGCAAGAACAUUCCUCUUGUCUGCAUUAUGCGCAUGCGUGGUUGCAAUAGCAUUGACUAUUUUUACCACGAACUAUUUUGGCGAAAUACCUGUGGUGGUGUUUGUUUGCGUGUUGUCAAUUGUGUUUCCUGGAAUUUUGAUGUACGCUCAUGCUUCGAUUUAUUACCAAACGCGCUCCCAAUUCAAAAAAAUGAUAAAAUUAACUGUUACAAAAGAUGCUGAUGAUAAAAAAAAAGAAAAACGUCGCUUGUUAAAACGUCAAAUACGAUCUCUGCGUAUCUGUAUGCUAUUGAUGGCAUCAUUUCUAAUCACAUGGAUUCCCUCAGCAACUUUGUUUAUAUUACAAUUCAAAGGUGCAAUUGGAGAAAGUAUCCUUAUGUUCGGUUAUGUAAUCAUUUGCUUAAAUUCAAUCGCUGACCCGUCAAUAUAUGCAUGGUAUAAUCAUGACGUAAAAACAACAUUAAAACGUAUUGUGUCUAAGCAAGAAACAAGCGCGCAGUAAAUUAACACAGAAAUAGAAGGACAGUUAACCUAUACAUGGUGGUUUUCCAACUUGAUUUAAAUUAAAACGUUCCAUAGAAAAAAUGCAGGCAUUCAUCUUUUAAACGAAAAAUACACCAAAUAAGAAAUAUCAAAAAAACGAAAAACUGAAUGAAGACACAAAUCCUCGCUUACUUCUAAAAAUCACUUAAUACUGUAGUAUGUAUGUAGUGUAUCUAACUUAAUUUCGAAAAAAAAAUUGCGCACUAAAUAAUCAAAAAAAUUAAAAUAUUCACAGCGCCUAUUUGGGUAGUGAUAAAACAUAAAACUAAAAAAGAAAGUAUCAUUUAUUUAACGACAGAAAACGAUAACAUAUUAUUUUGUUAAACAUUAACACUGUACACCUGUUUGAUUUACCAUAGUUUACUUUUGUGGUUUCCUCACAGGACGCAGAGGACUAUUAAAUACAAAGUGAUAUUCUGUAUCGAUAUUCCUUCCUUUGAUGUUUUUUCGAUUUACCGCAUCUCAAACUCGCCUCAGGAAAAAAAUUGGUUGGGCCGUUACAAACCGGUGUUUAAUAGAACCAUUCAAUCCAUGCUUAUUGUCUAUUGUGUAAUUUCUAUUGUUUUUAUUUUAUCAAUCUAUAUAAAACUUUUAAUUUUAAACCACGCUUGUAGAGACAAGAUGAUGGGGUGCAGAUUGCCCUGGAAAGCUAUUCUUAAAAA